AUGGGGGGCCCUCAGUGGUACCUGGCGCCGCUGGUGAUCCUCGCUGGCUGUUCAGUUCUGUUAGCCGUCGCGGCGGCAUCAGACACCAGCAGUGGCGUCUCCCUUAUUCACAGCGGCAAAGCCUUUUGGCUUUGCUUCACGGGGAUUGAAGGCGUGGCCUGUGGCAGUCGAAGAGAACCUGCUGUCAACGCCGCGGGUGUUUUCUGCGGGGAUGGCCUUUGCUGUCCUGACACAAGCACAGGCAAUCCUCUAAUAUGCAUGAAGGAACCAUGCAGCAGCUCGUUUUCGCAAAUUCCAAACUCUUGCAAUGUCUGUGCGGGUGGUCCCUGUGGCCCAGCAGAUGCCGUCAAGUUUUGCUACCCGUCUAAGGUGGUGACGAGCCCGUUGGAUCAGGCAAAAUACGAGGCCACUUGUGUGUGUGAAAAGAACUACGUCUUCAAUGUGGAGACGCAGAAGUGCGUGCCUGCUCCGUAUGAUAGGUGUGCGAGGGAGGCUCCAUGCGGCCCUGUGGAGCGGGUAAAUACAUGCAGGGAGCACCCAAUAACUGGAAAGUUUAUCUGCACAUGCCGGAAAGGAUACGUGUUGAAUAAGAGGGACAACGAAUGCCAGAAGAGGUGCUCGGAUGAAGAAGCUGCUCUCUGCGGACCGGCCGAGGCACAUGAAGCGGAGCGCUGUUCCAUGGGCCUCGGCGGCAGAAUUUGCGCUUGUAAAGAUGGAUUCAAGUGGGAUUCGGAUCUACGGAUGUGUGUGGAGGACGACUGCUAUUCGCCUGCGUGUGGUUGGCAAGAAGGCGUGGAAUCAUGCGCUAAGCAAGGGGAGCAGCGAACGUACACAUGCGCCAAUGGAUAUCAAAUGAACGCGUCGAGGGAGUGUCUGCCGGAGUGUCCCCCGGGCUGGCGCUACAACCGAAAUCGCGAAAUGUGCGAGCUUUCAAUCACGAGCUGCUCGUUGAGUGACUGCGGUGCUACGGAAGCCGUAGAGGCGUGUCUGGUAGACAAAGACUCGGGCACACAAAUUUGCAAGUGCAAGGCGGGGUACGCGCUACACACGGAAACGGGAAGAUGCGCUUCUCUUCCUGCAUGCCAGGUAGACACUUGCAAAGAUUUCGGGCCGGAUGCCAUUUGCGUUUCCGACGGCUCCUCUGCGUACUCUUGUCAGUGCGUUUCUAAGAUGAAGACCGUGGGAGAUGAGACGACAACUGUGGUGAAGGCUUGCGAUGCGGUUGAGUGCUCGGACCCGUCCAUCUGUGGGAAAGCGAAGUCGGUCAUGGAAUGCAUCCAAGGCGCUUCGGCGCAUCACUGUUUGUGUAGUCCCAGGUACACGCUGGACGUAAACUCCGGAACGUGCACUCCUCUAGACGUGAUGUUCUUCCAUACAAAUUAUGUCCCGGCAGGCUCUGCCAGGGUAUCCGCCACCCGUGCCCCCAUGCGCUUUAUCAUUAAGGCCGCGCCUUGCCUAACGGCAGACUUCAACGGGUCCAACAGGACUUUUGACGUCACGACUUACAGCAAGGCAGGAGAAACACGCACAAUCAGUCUAACGUUGCCGUAUCACUCAGGCCCCCACACAGGGACGGCCUUCACGUAUAGAAUGUCGCCAGCGCCGGGCGGCUUUGACAUUUCGCUUGUCUACGAGAUGCGCCCGACCUAUUUCAGGCAGUCGAUGGAACAAACAUCAUUUCGGGUGUACACUAACCCAGUCGCGUGGGGAGCUUCCCUAGAUCUAGGGGGUGGCGCUAAUGGUGCAAUUGCUGCCCUGAUGACAUCUGCGGGCGACAGUCCUUGUGAAGUGGCCUCCGUGAAGGUUUCCUCUAUGACAGACGACAAACGAUUUGAAAAUCUCACUGUUUUGUUUGAGAAGCUGCCCACGGCCGAGGCAAAUGCCCCGUCAACAGCUACUGGAUUCCCAGAGGUGAUUCCAGGCCUAUCAAGCAAUGAGACAGUCGCUUUCCCUUCCCCUUCAGAUCAAUGUGAAGAGCCACCAGAACCUGAAGAGGACACACCCCUACCCUUUCCAGCGCCAACCGAUCCACUGCCACCGCCGGUACCUGAAGAGGAGAAACCCUCGCCCGUUCCAGCGCCAACCGAUUCACUAUCACCGCCAGAACCUGAAAAGGACACACCCCGCCCCGUCCCAGCGCCAACCGAUCCACUGUCACCACCAGAACCUGAAGAGGGCACACCCGUUCCAGCGUCAACCGGUCCACUUUCACCCGGAGAAAUUGCCGGAGACGCAAACGGGAAUGGUGAUGCUGAAAAACAGUGA